GACGGGGGAAUCGGACGGACGCGGGGACGCCCGAAGCGGCCGGACCCGGAAGUCGGGGUUGCAGUGGCCGCCCCUCCCGGGGAGCGGGAGCCGGAGACGAGUCGCGGUGGGGCCACGGGCUGCACCAUGAAGUUUGUCAAGGGCUCCUGGUGGGACUGACUCAGAAGGACCUCCCAAGCCCCCUGAUUCUCAUCAGAAGUCAAGAGGGGAGUUGCCUUUUCUUCCUCCUCCCACUCUGGGCUCUGUCUCACGAGAUGUCUCAUCUUUCCACACCUGUGCCCGUCCACUGAUGGUUUUAGGAGCUCCCCUGUGUGUCUCCCUCCUAGCUGUUUGUUUGAAGUGUGAGAUUUCUCCAUCUUUCCCCAGGGAGAUUCUGAUGCAGCCUCUUUUUAACCAGCUCUUCUACUGAGCUAGGAACUCCUCGGACGCUUGAGUGUUGUUCGGGCUACCGCCAGGCCUCCACUGGCAGGAUCACCCGACCUGGGCAUAGACCCGGACGUGAAAGGAGACCCGUGGUGUGUGUUUGGUUUUGAACUGAGUUCCGUUGGUGGCAGUGUGGGUUGCGUGGGAGCUGCGGAAGAGCCGUCUCUGAGCCUCGCUGUCGCCCGGUACCUGUGGAGUGAGGGGCUGAGGACCCUGACAGCCCAGAGUCAGGAUGAAGACAGUGCUCAUGGUGGCGGAAAAGCCGUCCCUGGCCCAGUCCAUCGCCAAGAUCCUCUCUCGAGGGAACAUGUCCUCGCACAAGGGGCUCAAUGGCGCAUGCUCAGUGCACGAGUACACUGGCACCUUCGCCGGCCAGCCUGUCCGCUUCAAGAUGACAUCCGUCUGUGGUCACGUGAUGACCUUGGACUUCCUGGGGAAGUACAACAAGUGGGACAAGGUGGACCCCGCGGAGCUGUUCAGCCAAGCCCCGACCGAGAAGAAGGAAGCCAAUCCCAAGCUGAACAUGGUGAAGUUCCUGCAGGUGGAGGGCAGGGGCUGCGACUACAUCGUGCUGUGGCUGGACUGUGACAAGGAAGGGGAGAACAUCUGCUUUGAGGUCCUUGAUGCCGUCGUCCCCGUCAUGAAUAAGGCCCACGGCGGCGAGAAGACUGUGUUCCGGGCCAGGUUCAGCUCCAUCACAGACACAGACAUCUGUAACGCCAUGGCCCGCCUGGGCGAGCCGGACCACAACGAGGCGCUGUCGGUGGACGCCCGCCAGGAGCUGGACCUGCGCAUCGGCUGUGCUUUCACCAGGUUCCAGACCAAGUACUUCCAGGGGAAAUACGGCGAUUUGGACAGCUCUCUCAUCUCCUUUGGGCCGUGCCAGACUCCUACGCUGGGCUUCUGUGUGGAGAGGCAUGACAAAAUCCAGUCCUUCAAGCCGGAGGCCUAUUGGGUGCUGCAGGCCAAGGUGAACGUCGACAAAGACAGGUCGCUGCUUCUGGACUGGGACCGAGUGAGAGUGUUCGACCGGGAGAUCGCACAGAUGUUCUUAAACAUGACAAAGCAGGAGAAGGAAGCCCAGGUGGAGGCCACAAGCAGGAAGGAGAAGGCCAAGCAGAGGCCACUGGCCCUGAACACCGUGGAGAUGUUGCGUGUGGCCAGCUCUUCUCUGGGCAUGGGGCCACAGCACGCCAUGCAGACAGCCGAGCGGCUGUACACGCAAGGCUACAUCAGCUACCCGCGGACAGAGACCACCCACUACCCUGAGAACUUUGACCUGAAGGGCUGCCUGCGACAGCAGGCCAACCACCCCUACUGGGCAGACACGGUGAAGCGGCUGUUAGCUGAAGGUGUCAACCGCCCGCGCAAAGGCCACGACGCUGGCGACCACCCUCCCAUCACUCCCAUGAGGUCUGCCACGGAGGCCGAAUUAGGCGGCGACGCGUGGCGGCUGUACGAGUACAUCACCAGGCACUUCAUUGCCACGGUGAGCCACGACUGCAAGUACCUCCAGACCACCAUCUCUCUGCGGAUCGGCCCUGAGCUGUUCACCUGCUCGGGGAAGACCGUCCUCUCGCCAGGCUUCACGGAGAUCAUGCCCUGGCAAAGCGUGCCCCUGGAGGAGAGCCUGCCCACCUGCCAGAGGGGCGACACCUUCGCCGUGGCCGAGGUGAAGAUGCUGGAGAAGCAGACCAGCCCCCCCGACUAUCUCACCGAGGCCGAGCUCAUCACACUCAUGGAAAAGCACGGCAUUGGGACUGACGCCAGCAUCCCCGUGCACAUCAACAACAUCUGCCAGCGCAACUACGUCACCGUGGAGAGCGGGCGCCGGCUCAAGCCCACCAACCUCGGCGUCGUCCUGGUGCACGGCUACUACAAGAUCGACGCAGAGCUGGUGCUGCCCACCAUCCGCAGCGCCGUGGAGAAGCAGCUGAACCUGAUCGCCCAGGGCAAGGCUGACUACCGCCAGGUCCUGGGCCACACCCUGGACAUCUUCAAGCGCAAGUUCCACUACUUCGUGGACUCCAUCGCCGGCAUGGAUGAGUUGAUGGAGGUGUCCUUUUCGCCCCUGGCGGCCACCGGCAAACCCCUGUCGCGCUGCGGCAAGUGCCACCGCUUCAUGAAGUACAUCCAGGCCAAGCCGAGCCGCCUGCACUGCUCACACUGCGACGAGACCUACACCCUCCCCCAGAACGGCACCAUCAAGCUCUACAAGGAGCUGCGCUGCCCGCUUGAUGACUUUGAGCUGGUCCUGUGGUCGUCGGGCUCGCGGGGCAAGGCCUACCCGCUGUGCCCCUACUGCUACAACCACCCGCCCUUCCGAGACAUGAAGAAGGGCAUGGGCUGCAAUGAGUGCACGCAUCCCAGCUGCCCACACUCGCUGAGCAUGCUGGGCAUCGGCCAGUGCGUGGAGUGCGAGCGCGGAGUGCUGGUGCUGGACGCCACCUCGGGCCCCAAGUGGAAGGUGGCGUGCAACAAGUGCAACGUGGUAGCCCACUGCUUCGAGAACGCGUACCGCGUUCGGGUCUCGGCCGACACCUGCCCCUCCUGCGAGGCCGCCCUGCUCCACGUGGACUUCAACAAGGCCAAGUGCCCCCUCCCGGGCGACGAGACCCAGCACACGGGCUGCGUCUUCUGUGACCCUGUCUUCCAGGAGCUGGUGGAGCUGAAGCAUGCAGCCUCCUGCCACCCCAUGCACCGUGGCGGGCCAGGGCGGAGGCAGGGCCGGGGGCGGGCCCGGGGCCGGCGGCCCCCUGGGAAGCCCAACCCCAGGCGGCCCAAGGACAAGAUGUCCGCCCUGGCUGCCUACUUCGUGUGACAGCCCUGUCGCCCUCCCACACGUGGCCUUUAGGCCACUGAAACCAUUAAAAUGCAUCGUGUCCAGAGCAA